AUGACCAUGUGCAUGGACUCCGCUACGAUCGAGAUACCAAUGGUCGGUCGUAGCAACAGGAGCGCCCCUCGUCGUGGUGGCUCAUAUCGUUGGUUGGAGGCGAGGCUGCGCCAGAUCCUCCCCUGCAUCAUACGCACGCUCUCCCGCUUCCGAUCCAUGGAGGAGGCGGAGAUCUUGGGGACCAACACGAACUCCAGGCCGGAAACUCAUCCAGGGGCGACGGCGGAGGCAGCUGGCCUGCUUAGCGACGAUCUCAUCCUUGAGAUCCUCUCCCGCCUCCCCGUCAGAUCCCUGCACCACUUCAUGUGCGUCUCCGUGUCCUGGCGCAACCUCAUCGCUGACCCCGCCAACCGCAGGACGCUGCCCCAGACCCUCGCUGGCUUCUUUUACAUGACCAUCAACAACAGGAUCGGCCACCACUUCGCCAGUGUCUCCGGCGACGGCGCAGCCCCGUUUGACCUUUCCAUCCCAUACUUGCACAAUAACAAGUACGGCGGCAUCACCCAGUUGGACGCCUGCAAUGGCCUCCUUCUCUACUGCGGCUUCAAGAAGAAGAUGGAGAGUUGGGAUGAUUUCCGUUUUCUAGUGUGCAAUCCGGCCACUGGGAGGUGGGUGGAGCUGCCCCCUCGGCCUCCUGUGCCCGCAAACAGAUAUUGCUGUACCACAGGUCUUGCUUUUGAUCCGACAGUCUCAUCCCAUUUCUAUGUUCUUCACUUUGAGCAGGCCGUUCCGGGAACUUACAUCACAGGAGUGAACAUCUACUCGUCGCAGACAGGAGCCUGGAGUUUCAGGAGUGGUAGUAGGAUGGUUGAGAAAGUGGUGCCGCUCAAUAGUAAAUGUGUCUUCAUCGGCGGUAUGAUGUAUUUGAUUGGCAACCUGACGGGCUUCAACAACAAGUACGUGCUGAUGGUGGUGGACACGGAGGGGGAAGUGUGGAAGACUAUACCUGUGCCGUACGGCCGAGGAUCUGCCACAAUUGGAGUGUCGCAGGGGUGCUUACACUAUGUUGUAGCUUCAACGCUUUCAGUCAAUGAUAGUAAUGAACUCCUAGCUUCUGGGAUAACACUUUGGUGCCUCAAGGAUCACGACAGUAAAGAAUUGGUUCUGAAGCGUUCUGCCAACAUCAAUGAGCUUAUGGGCAUGAUUGGGGAGAAGUACAGGGUGGCUGCGAUUCAUCCAGAUUGCGACACCGUUUUCUUGAUGUCAUCUGGAGGUGAUACCUUGGUAGCGUAUGAUAUGCAACAUCAGAAACUUCAUUGCAUCCUUAAUCUUGAGAAAGGCAUUACAAAACCGAAACGGUUUCUACCCUAUGUUCCUCUGUUCUCAGAGUCAUUACCAGAUGCAGAUGGGCAGUAGCUUUACCUUCAAACCACCCCUGUGCUUCCUCCCAAGAACCGUCUCUUCUUUCGGCUGAACAAUUUUUCUGUAUACUUUGGAAUCUGCUUCAAUCAUGCUGCUCAAUUUGCUACUGCUUACA